UAACCUCCCUUACUGGAUGACUGAGGGAUUCCACUGACGUUUCAAAGGUUACAACGAUAACUGGGGAGUUUCAAAAUGAGGUGCAACGUUGGAUAUUGUGGACUCAUUUUGGUCAUUCUCUUCAGCUACAGUGUACAAGCUAAGAAGCAACAUGUCUCUCAAGGAACUGACUGUAGUGAUGUAAAGAACAAAAAUCCUCAGGCAUCCAGUGGAGUUUACUGGAUCCAGCCUAAAGGAGUCAGAGCGCCAUUUGAGAUUUACUGUGAGAUGCAGUCUGAUGGCGGCUGGACAGUUUUCCAAAGACGCAGCGGGCCCCAAGUGAAGUUCAACAGAGGCUGGCUGGCCUAUAAGAAUGGCUUUGGGAGCCUCACACAGGACCAUUGGCUCGGACUCAGCAAGGUAUUUGCUUUGACCAAGGCCAAGACCAGGAACUGGAUUUUGAGAGUGGAUCUCUGGGACCAUGAAGGAAAUACUGCGUUUGCAGAGUACAGUCACUUUAAACUGGGAAAUGAGAAGUCAGGCUUCAAACUGCAUGUCAAGACGUACAAAGGGACUGCAGGUGAUGCCAUUCGUGGAGUAUACGCAGGAAUCGACCAGAACGGUUUUGGCUUCAGCACCAUAGACAGGGAUAAUGAUGGAUGCCACCCUUGUAUUUUUGGGGACAUAGCCGAGGAGGAGUGUGCCGCUUCAGAGGGAGGUGGCUGGUGGUUCAGUCGCUGUGGGUCGGCCAGUCUCCAUGGUGACUAUCACCCAAUGGGAGAACACAUUGGUUGGGCAUCAGGUCUGCACUGGGACAGCUGGAAAGGCAGGGCUCCAUACUCUCUGAAGGCAACCAGGAUGAUGGUCAAACCAAUGGUGUAGACACGAUUCUUUCAGAUAUAAUUCAGCAUCAUGUUGUUUUGUUGUGUGCAAGUUUAAAAAUAUUUCUCUUAAA